AUGUUUGCUCGAAUUUCGAAACAAACCCGUCGUAAUGAUCAUUCAACGCUACUUCGUCUUGCUGUUACAGAUUUCAGUGUAUACGAUGAAACACGUUCGUCAAAGGAGUCUUCAUUGAAAAAUCUUACGCAGCUAGGUAAAGCUCUCAUGGACGAACAAGAUUGGUAUGAAAAAGAUUUAGACGAAUUUGAUGAUUUACAAACUUGCAACGAUCAUUCUAUAGUGGAACGAUCAUCCAUUCGAUCUAAACAAAAACAAUUAGUUAUUCGAGAAAACGGUCAUGGAGGAAAAAUAUAUCCAUUAGACUUCUGGUAUCUUAUUGGGAAUUAUAUCGCACCGGAAGAUGUGGGUAGAUUUGCAUUGAUCUGUCAAGCAACAAAUCAAGUUGCUCAUAGUGUACCAUUUUGGAUUAACCUAUUUCGAAAUUACAAUCGAUCUCAAGCGAAACGAACAAGCCGUUCAAUUGUUCGAGAACACGUGUCCAUCGUUCGUAGUUAUGUUAUCAAAUCUCUCUAUCAAGCAUAUCCACUAUUUCAAAGUCGUCUGAACAAAUCCGAUGUUAUACAAAAAGAUCCGCAUAUUCUCCUUUCAGCACGUUGUAUUCGAAUUUGGUAUUCGAAAAUGGAAACACAGCGAGAUCUAUAUAAUUAUUACUUUGAAUUCUGUUUUGACCAAACGCAAUCGUCUUCGCAAGUAAUACCAUCUGUGCAAGCUCUCUCGCCACUAUUCCAAAUUGAUAAUCAAUUCAUGAUUGAUCAAAAUAGUUCUUUACUCCAUGUAAUCAGUUCGAAACUACUGACCAUCGGUCCGUUUAUGGGCAUGAUCCUGUCGAAAAUCGUAUUGAACGUUAGCACUGAUUAUCGAUAUCAUCAAUUGAAAAUGUGGUUUGAUACGUCGAAAUUAUCAGUGCAAAAAACAACACUCAGUCCUCCUAUGGUUGUUAUCGAUCCGGUUAUAUGCUUAAGAAUAUACAAAUGGUUUGACUGUCCUCCGAAACUGCAUUGA